UCAAUCUUCUCUCCGUCUCCGAUCAACGUGCAGCAACAGAAAGCCCCGCUGGGAAUUCAGUGUUCGGCUUUCAUCUUCUUUCCGCCGGAGACUUGAACGUGCAGCUCGUCCAACUCCCGGGCGGAAACAUGGAAACUUCCGUCCUCGGAUUCCUUGGUAAUUUUGGCGCCCGAUAAGGUGGGGAAGAAGAAGAAGAAGAAAGGAAAGGUAUAUUUGUAAUUGCAAGUAAAUUUUUCAAUGAGUGGGAAUGAGUUCCGCUUCUUCUUGUCGUAUGACAUCAAUCUCCCUGUCACAUUCCGAAUCGAGAGAUUGGAAGGAUCACUGCCUCCUGUCGAAUUCCCCGAUUCUGGAAUUGAUCCUGCUGCGGAAGAGAGAAGAGCAGAGUUGUAUGUUGAGUGUGUAUUAUGUAUGGAUGGCGCUCCCUUUGGUCUUCCCAUGAGAACAAGGUUAGAGACCAAUGGAUCGGCUUACUGCUGGAAUGAACUCAUCACGUUGAGUACUAAAUAUAGAGACCUCGGUAGAUACUCACAGCUUGCUUUAACAGUUUGGGAUGUUUCCCAUGGAAAAGAUGAAGGCCUAAUUGGUGGGGCUACCAUUCCUCUUUUCAACAGUAAGUUGCAACUCAAAACAGGCAAGCAGAAGCUUAGGCUUUGGUUGGGCAAAGUAGCUGAUGGAUCAUUUCCAACAACUACUCCUGGAAAGGUCCCCAGGCAUGAGCGUGGAGAAUUGGAACGUUUAGAAAAGCUUCUGAAUAAAUAUGAAAGGGGGCAGAUUCAGCGUGUAGAUUGGCUUGAUCGGCUUACGUUUAAAGCUAUGGAGAAAAUCAAAGGCCGCAAGAGCUCUAAAACUGGGAGUUCACACCUGUACUUGGUUGUUGAUUUCUGUAGCUUUGAACAUAGAGUUGUUUUCCAGGAAUCAGGGGCAAAUUUUGUAUUACCAUCACCUAUUUCUUCAACAAAUGAACUUGUUAUUGUUUGGGACCCUGAAGUGGGUAAGAUAAAUCCUUCUGAGCACAAGCAACUGAAGCUAGCAAGGAGCUUAACCCGAGGUAUCAUUGACAGGGAUUUGAAGCCAAGCAACAGUGAGAGAAAGUCAAUACAAAGAAUUUUGAAAUACCCACCAACACGAUCUUUGAGUGGAGAUGAGAGACAGCUGUUGUGGAAAUUUCGCUUCUCGUUGAUGACUGAGAAGAGGGCACUCACAAAGUUUCUCUGAUGUGUGGAGUGGAGUGAUGUUCAGGAAGCAAAACAAGCUCUAGAGUUGAUGGGCAAGUGGGAAACAAUUGAUGUCUCUGAUGCACUUGAGCUUCUAUCUCCCCUUUUUGAAAGUGAAGAGGUUCGUGCAUAUGCUGUCAGUGUUCUGGAGAGAGCUGAUGAUGAAGAGCUCCAAUGUUACUUGCUUCAACUAGUUCAGGCUCUUAGAUUUGAACGAACAGACAAAUCUCGGCUUUCUCAGUUCCUAGUGCAACGCUGUAUGUACUGCAUUUCUGAUGUCUAAAUCAUGGAUUCCUGUGUAGAUGUAUAUGGUAUUCGCCGAACUUUGCAAUGAAUCCUGUUUCCCGUAUUUGAAACCUUAUUGCUCUUUGACAGCAUUAAACAACAUUGAGUUGGCUAGCUUUCUCCGAUGGUAUGUUGCUGUCGAGUUUUAUGAUCACGGUUAUACCAAACGCUUCUAUUGUACUCAUGAGCUACUGGAAGAGAAUAUGAUGAAGUUGCAAGCUGGUCCAGAUGGAGAAGAUGGGUUCAAGUUGUGGCAAAGUUUGGUGCGGCAGACAGAAUUGACAGCACAGUUGUGUUCUAUAAUGAGAGAUGUCAGAAAUGUGCGAGGAAAUACUCAGCAAGGUUUCCUAAAACCUUUUUGUUUAUUUUAUGUCGUUCAAAUGGUAUCUCUAAUGGAUCGCUUGCUAAAGUUGGAAAAUCUUGAUCUGCACUUGACUCCAUAUAAAGUCCUUGCUACUGGACAAGAUGAAGGCAUGCUUGAAUUCAUCCCAUCACGGUCUUUGGCUCAGAUACUCUCAGAGCAUCGUAGUAUUACAAGCUAUUUGCAGAAGUUUCACCCUGAUGAUCGUGGCCCCUUUGGUAUUACUGCCACUUGCCUGGAGACGUUUAUCAAAAGCUGUGCUGGCUAUUCGGUCAUCACGUAUAUUUUGGGCAUUGGAGACAGGCACUUGGACAACCUUUUGCUUAGAGAUGAUGGGCGUGUGUUCCAUGUUGACUUUGGUUUUAUUCUCGGCCGAGACCCCAAGCCAUUUCCACCACCAAUGAAGCUCUGCAAAGAAAUGGUAGAGGCGAUGGGUGGUGCAGAAAGUCAAUACUACACCCGGUUCAAAUCUUACUGCUGUGAAGCAUACAACAUCCUCCGGAAAUCAAGCAACCUGAUUCUGAACCUUUUCCAUCUGAUGGCGGGUUCCAACAUUCCAGACAUAGCUUCUGACCCGGAGAAGGGCAUACUCAAGCUCCAGGAGAAGUUCCGGCUAGACUUGGACGAUGAAGCUGCCAUCCACUUUUUCCAGGAUCUUAUCAACGAGAGUGUCAGCGCUUUGUUUCCGCAAAUGGUUGAGACCAUUCACAGGUGGGCUCAGUACUGGCGCUAAACGCACCGCUCAACCCUCCUAGUUACAGAAGGAAAGCGAUGGUACAAUGGCCGGCAAACACAAACGGGAUCUAUGUUCUCUGUUCUUGGGCUUGCUCGUCGUAGGAGCUGGAGUCUGCAACUUAGGAGCCUCUUCCAGAUCUAGAUGGUGGGGUAGUCUCUCGUUGCUGGCAUCAUCUUCAAGGUGAAGUCAUUCCCUUCUUUUCCUCUCCGACCUCCCUAGGUGUUUGAGUGGCUUGGUGAGCUGUCGGAUGGUGGUGGGUUGGGUCUUCUCCGGUGGUUACAGUUGGGAAAUGGUGUUUUACGUGGAGUUUGUGGCUACCUUGGGAGCUUCUACUCUUCUUCGAACCUGAUCUCUCUGCCUCGGCCUCCUCUGCCUCUUCAGAUUGGAGCUAUCUGGUUCAUAUCCUUUUCCACCGCCAUGGAGUCUAGUUUCUAGAUUCACUGUGAUGGAUGCCUUUGAGUUUUCCCCAGGAGGCGGCACAUGGAGUGAUGAUGUUCACCUACCAUGGAUUUCGAUAUGAUCGGACAACCUGAUUGUGGUUUUGUUGUACUUUGAUUGGUUGUUUGCAAGAGAGAUUCAUGAUGAUCUAUUUUUCGGUCAAGGGUUUUGCUCUUUUAGCGUGGU